CUCUUCUAUUUAUUCCUCACAUAUGUUUUCUAAGAUACGAUCUUCAACUUUAAGAUCUAGUCUUAUUCGUUAUCAUUUUCUGUCGACUACUAGCUCUCGAAACAACAAGAUACCAUUUGAUACCCAGGUGUUCCCUUUCAGUCGUUUUGAACCAUGUUGUCCUGUUAGCGAUGUUGCCCCUGCGACCAAUGGGUUUGUACCAUGCCAAAAACAUCCUCUUCCUAAUGUACUUGGACGUAAGAUUGAUAUGACUAUGCCUAUGACAGGACGAUCAGAUACCGAACGACAUGUGGUCAUGUGUGUAGGACCUAAUGGACGAGAAUGGGAACGAGCCAAGGUAGAAACGGUGGUGGAUGGACCUGUCUAUGCAAGCAAUCAACUUUAUAAUGAAUACCUUCGAAGUCCUGCUCACCGAAAUAAUGAUAUUAUAACGGAAAAAGAUACUUUGAUGACUGUAUGCGAUCGUAUACCAACUUCAAACAACAACAACAACAAUUGUGAUGUCAUGGUAUUUCCUGAAUUUGUUUUUUAUCCAUCCUUGGAUCCUGCUCAACUAGCAACAUCUGAUGUAGCCAAGGUACUUCAAACAAUUUGGCAUAAUCCUUCCCAUCCAACUCUACCGGUGGUGGCUGGUCAACAACCCAUCAAGGAUGAAAAUGGUGAUCCUGUGGAUACUGUGGUCUUGGUAUGUACUCAUGAAAGACGUGAUAUGCGAUGUGGUAAAAUUGGACCUCUGAUUAUGGAUGCAUUUAAGAAAUCAAUUCAAAAACGACAUCAUUCAUCUAGGAGGAUCUUGAUCUAUGGAACAAGUCAUUUUGGUGGACACAAAUUUGCUGGCAAUGUGAUCAUUCAUCAGAAAGGAUUGGGUGGACAUAUGUAUGGGAACGUCAGGGAUUGUAUGGUAGAUGAUAUUGUGGAUCGUCAUAUUUUCAAUGGAAAAGUCAUCAAGGAACUUUGGCGUGGUCAAGUCACUCCUCCUACAUUAUCCUAGAAGGUCC